GAAUCAGAUUAAAGGUUGACAGACAUGCCUACAAAGGUUGCCGUGGUAACAGGCAGUAACAAAGGCAUAGGCCUUGCCAUCGUCAAAGCCCUCAGAAAGCAGUUUCAAGGAGACGUUUACCUCACGGCCAGAGAUGUCUGUCGUGGUCGGGCGGCAUUGGAGUCUCUGGCCUCAGAGGGAAUAAAGGCCAACUUUUAUCAGCUGGACAUCAACGACCUUCAAGGCAUCAAGACUGCUGCAUCUUACUUUACAGACAAGUAUGGAGGGGUUGACAUCCUUAUUAAUAAUGCUGGGAUAGCAUUCAAAGUGGCAGACACGGCUCCAUUUGGAGUCCAGGCUGAGGAGACCCUCAAGACAAACUACUUUGCCACCAGAAACAUGUUGACUCACUUCCUGCCAAUCAUAAAAGAUGGAGGUCGCGUGGUGAAUGUCUCCAGCUUUGUCAGUGUCCGUGCUCUGAACCAGUGCAGCUCGGCUCUGCAGCAGCGUUUCCGCAGCGAGGACAUCACUGAGGAGGAACUGUCAGGACUGAUGCAGAGAUUUAUUAAGGAAGCCCAGACUGGCCAACACAAGCAAGGAGGCUGGCCUGACACGGCCUAUGGAGUGUCCAAAACUGGACUGACGGUCCUGUCCAUGAUUCUGGCUCGUCGUCUGUCCAAGGAGAGACCAAAAGACGGGAUCCUGCUGAACGCCUGCUGUCCAGGCUUGGUGGGCACUGACAUGGCAGGUCCAAAAGCCCCAAAGUCACCAGAGGAGGGCGCUGAAACUCCAGUCUACCUGGCACUGCUGCCUCCUGGAGCCACAGAGCCUCAUGGAAAGUUUGUUUCUGAUAAAACAGUUCAGACAUGGUGAGAGGGUCACAUGGACCUUCCUUUGUGUUACUAUUAAGAACAUGUCUACUAUUAACAAAAUAAUAAAUAAAUAAAUCUCACAAUCCA